AUGCCAUCCACGUCGCUUGCCCUGACGCCGGGCUUGGGGUCCUUCCUCAAAUCGCUCAAGACCCACCCGGUCGAUACCUCUAUCGAAAACCUCAUUUCAUUGCUCAAACGACGUCAGAUUCGCCAUUCGCGAUCGUGCGCUACAGCAACUGCGUAUCUGCUUCGGCAUGUUGUCUCAGUAUGCAAGACAUCUGACCCGGCAAAGCUCAUUGAGCGGGUGCAGAGCGUGGGGAGGCGGCUCAUGGCGGCCCAGCCGCGCGAGAUGGUGGUGGGCAACGUUGUGCGACGGGUGCUUGGCCUUAUUCGCGAUGAGGCGGAAGACGACCGUGAAGCUGAGUUUACUUUGAGUGAAGCUGGAUCAGAGAGCCAACCCCAAACUCCUCGAGCCUUUGACGAUGCGUCACUGCCCUUGGAUAGAGAUGCGCUUUCGCUGCGUGCAGAAGGCGCAGAACGCUCAUCCUCCCGCCCUACACUCCAGUCCAUGUUCAGCCUCCUUUCCCACCCCGAUGCAGACCACUCGCUACCCAGCACACCAGGUACCCAAUCUCCAAAUGGGCGGAUACCCGGCCAUGGCCCUAGCAGCAAAGAUGUUAAGGCCGAAGUGUUGGAAGGCAUUGGUGAGAUUAUCGAUGAGCUGGGUCAGGUCGAUGAUCAGAUUGCUUCCUACGCGUUAGAGCAUAUCCACUCCAACGAGAUCAUCCUCACACAUACUUCAUCCACGACUGUGCAGAAGUUCCUCGUCAAGGCCGCUUCCAAGCGCAAGUUCACUGUCAUUCACGCCGAGUCAUUUCCGAAUAACCACGAGGCUACUCACGCGACUGUCAGCGGCAACUCCUCCGGUGACGAUGAGCACCUGAGCUUCGAGUCCUUCCAGAAGCCUCUUAUCGCCCUCGGCAUCACCGUCAUUCUCAUCCCAGACUCUGCGGUCUUUGCUCUGAUGUCUCGUGUCAACAAAGUCAUCCUAGGAACUCACUCUGUCCUCGCAAACGGCGGCCUUGUUGCUGCUGCCGGCACCCGGGUCAUUGCUCGCGCCGCCAAGGUCCACCAAACCCCCGUCGUUGUCGUCAGCGGUGUUUACAAAUUGAGCCCUGUCUAUCCAUUUGACUUCGACUCGCUCAUUGAGUAUGGCGACGCCAGUAAGGUCCUCCCUUACGAGGACGGCGACCUCGUCGACCAGAUUGACGUCCAGAACCCGAUCUAUGAUUAUGUCCCAGCGGAGCUGGUCGACCUCUACAUCACCAACUUAGGCGGUCAUGCCCCGUCAUACCUCUACCGUAUUGUGUCCGACCACUAUCGGAAGGAGGAUAUCAGCUUUUAA